CCCUCUCGCGGCUUCCGGCAGCGGCGGGCGGUUCCGGCGCGCGCCGGGACGGCGGCUCGCGACGGGGGUCCUUGAGGGUGCGUGCCGGCCUGAGUGGACGCCGCGGCGACCACCAUGCAGCUGACAGUGAAGGCGCUCCAGGGCCGCGAGUGUAGCCUACAGGUGUCAGAGGACGAGCCGGUGUCCACGCUGAAGGAGCGGGUGUCCCAGACGCUCAACGUCCCUGUGCGCCAGCAGAGGCUGCUGUUUAAGGGCAAGGCCCUGGCAGAUGGGAAGCGACUCUCCGAUUACAGCAUCGGGCCCAACUCCAAGCUCAACCUCGUGGUCAAGCCUCUGGAGAAGGUGCUGCGCGAGGAGAAAGUGGCCGAGGGCCCGCCCGCGACACCCGCAGCCUGGCAGCUCGUCUCCCAGAUCCUGGCUCGUCACUUCAGCGCCGCCGAUGCCAGCCGGGUCCUGGAUCAGCUCCAGAGGGAUUACGAGAAGUCCCUCAGCCGCCUGACCCUUGAUGACAUUGAACGUCUGGCCAACCGCUUCCUGCACCCCGAUGUGACUGAGAGUGUGGAAAAGGGGCUCCCCAAAUAGGAUUCUCAGGCUGUGAGGAGGCGCGCCUCCAGGCCAGCUGCAUGUAGCAUUAAAUGUGUUCUUCCCUGGCA